AUGGCAGCGGGAUUGAAACCCAGGAGUGGGGCUCUGGAGUCUGUACCUCUCUGGGGAACCACCAGGCCAGCCAGGAUGAGAUGUUCUUGGCCCCGCAGCACAGAGGCGGCCCUGCCUGUAGCUCUGAGCAUCGUCACCCUCUUCUUCUUCAGUCUGUACAUGUCAUCGCCCGCCUUCCAGAGCCUGAAGGAGCCCCAGGACAACCCCGUGGCCCUGACCUGGCCCUCUCUACCCUCUCGGCCCGCCCCGCCCCCGCCCACCCCCUGCAGGGCCAACGCCUCCAUGGCCACCCUGCCCAGCUUCGAGGGGCAGCCACAGCAGGUGCGUGACUUCCUGCUCUACAGGCACUGCCGUGACUUCCCGCUGCUGCAGGACGUGCCCCUGGGCAAGUGCGCGCCGCCCGUCUUCCUGCUGCUGGUGAUCAAAUCCUCGCCCAGGAAUUACGAGCGGCGGGAGCUGGUGCGGCGCACUUGGGGCCGCGAGCGCCAGGUGCGGGGUGCCCAGCUGCGCCGCCUCUUCCUGGUGGGCACGGCCCCUAACCCCCUGGAGGCUCGCAAGGUCAACCGGCUGCUGGCGCUGGAGGCACAGGCGCACGGCGACAUCCUGCAGUGGGACUUCCAUGACUCCUUCUUCAACCUCACGCUCAAACAGGUGCUCUUCCUAAAGUGGCAGGAGACUCGGUGCACCAAUGCCAGCUUCGUGCUCAAUGGGGAUGAUGACGUCUUCGCACACACAGACAACAUGGUCUCCUACCUGCAGGACCAUAAUCCCGACCGCCACCUCUUUGUGGGGCAACUGAUCCACAGUGUGGGCCCCAUCCGGGUUCCCUGGAGCAAGUACUAUGUGCCAACAGUGGUGACACAGGAGGAGAAGUACCCUCCCUACUGUGGGGGGGGUGGCUUCCUGCUGUCCCGCUUCACGGCCACUGCCCUGCGCCGGGCCGCCUCCACACUGGACCUCUUCCCUAUCGAUGAUGUCUUCCUGGGCAUGUGCCUGAAGCAGGAAGGUCUGAAGCCCGCCUCACACGGCGGUAUCCGCACAGCUGGCAUUGGGGCUCCCUCGGCCCGCAUAUCCUCCUUUGACCCCUGCUUCUACCGGGAGCUGCUGCUGGUCCAUCGCUUCUUGCCAUACGAGAUGCUACUCAUGUGGGACGCCCUGAGCCGACCCAACCUCACCUGUGGCCAGCAGAUGCAGGUCUACUGAGGUGGGAUCAGGGCCCGCAGCCUCUAGGCUCUGGUCUCCACCCCCACUGGAAGGGGCUGCAUCUUCCUCCCGGAAAGCAGAAAGCUCUGUUCUCCCAAGUGGGCCAGGCACAGCGGAGCGCCAGGGCGGGUUUGAUGAGCGACUAGUCUAGCUGGCAAACUCCUAGACGUCCUGCAAAACCCACCCGGUCCUCGAACCCAUGUUCCGUCAUCUUCCCUAGCCUCUCAGCUGAAGGGGGACAAUCUCUCCCCAGGGCAGCCAACUGCAGAAGCACUUCUGAGUCAAGGUCCUGUUUCCCAGCUCCGACCUUGAUCAUGGGACGGACCUUCCAUGGUGGCCAAGCCCUCCUUGGUAGUAAAGCCCCAGUGGUUUAAUGGUAGGUGAGUUCCAGCCAUGGUUCAAGGUUCGUUGGGAACCCUAGGUCCACAUGCAGCUGAAGUGAGAAGUAUUUGGCUGGCUGGGAAAGGGGUUUUGUUCCCUCCCUCUGCCUCCCCCCCCCCCCACCCCGGGGUCUCUGCCCCCCUCUGACCUCGGAUGGUAGAAGGGGCUGGAGAGCCCCGUGAGUGGGACCACCCCCUCCCUGCUCUAAUGGCGGAAAUGUCGGGCAGAGGAGGCAGACGGCUGUCUGACUCAGGCUAUGAGAGCUCGGACUUUCUGGAGUCCCCGAGAGAGCCCAGCUCCCAUAUUUGUGCUCCCCCCAAAUCCCGGGAACGAGAUCAACACACGCACUCACCCCGGUGCCCAGAGAACGGGGCGAUUCAAGCCCUUGGAUGUCUCUGAGCUCUGGGGCCCCAAGACCGGCCCCCCCCCCAGUAUGUUGGAUUGGGGAGAUCCAAGCAGAAGAGUGAUGCCCCCCACCCCAGCCCUGCUGGCUCUGGGCAGAUGUCCGGGGGGCUUGGACUUUGUAGGCUUCGGAGCUGUGGCUUGAGAGGGAGGAAGGGGGUACCUCGGCAGAGUGAGGACUGGGGAGCAGACCCUCCGGGAAUAAAAUGUUUUGUGAGGACCUGA